GCAGGUUCUAGAAGGGGGAGCAGUUAUAAGGGGAGACACUGGGUGACACUGGCUCAGACCAGACUUUGCUGUGGAGAAAGCUGUGGAACUGAAGUUCCCCAUUCCCUGGCAAAAAUGAAGGUGCUCGCACUUCUCUUCCUGGUCAGCUGCCUGAUCAUGGCAAAUGAAGCAAAAAUCUUUAGCCGAUGUGAACUAGCCUAUAUACUACAUGAAGAAGGGCUAGACGGGUAUGAGGGUUACAGCCUCGCCAACUGGAUCUGCAUGGCAUUCUUUGAGAGCGGCUUCAAUUCAGCAGCAGAGGACGACAAUGCAGAUGGCAGCACCGACUAUGGCAUGUUCCAGAUCAACAGCCGUGUCUGGUGCAACAACUACAGGAGCCCCACAGAGAACCUCUGCCACAUACCCUGCACCGACUUGCUGUCAAACGACAUAGCAGAUGACAUUGCCUGUGCCAAAAGAAUUGUGCGAGACCCACAGGGAAUGGAUGCUUGGGAGGACUGGACAAUGCACUGCAAAGGGCGAGACCUGUCUGAGUGGGUGGAUGGAUGUGACCUGUGAGAAAGUCACCAGCGUGGCUCUGCUAUGAUUCCUCAAGGCUGUCUAUGUUUUCAUGAAAAGGGAAUGCUUCUCUUACUGCACUGCUGGCAGUUAGCAUGUACAAACAAAAUCCACACCAUAAACCAAUAGGAAAAACAAAAAAUAUUAAUUUAAAAUAUAACAUUUUUUUAAAAAAUAAAUCCAUUUAACUGAAAAGAAAUCAGC